UCCCGGUGCACGUCCCGCCCCCUUAAGCUGCGAUACGCCGAGCGCUCAACAUCCGAGGACUUUGGCCCAGAGUAACCCCGCUCUCGUGACCUUUCCCCUCCAUUCCGCACCUCCGGCUGCCGGCCGGGCAAGAGGCUGGCGGCUGGGCUCUCGCGCCCCUCCCUGCAGGGCGCAGGCUCUCCCCCUCCCGUCUCCUCCGCGCUGUUCCUCGUCAUGGCGGCCCUCAGCAAGUCCAUCCCUCAUAACUGCUAUGAGAUUGGCCACACUUGGCACCCUUCCUGCCGGGUCUCCUUCCUGCAGAUCACCGGGGGCGCCCUGGAGGAGUCCCUGAAGAUCUAUGCUCCUCUGUACUUGAUUGCAGCAAUUCUCCGGAAAAGGAAAUUAGACUAUUAUUUACACAAACUACUCCCUGAGAUCCUACAAUCUGCUUCAUUUCUAACUGCUAAUGGGGCCUUGUAUAUGGCUUUCUUUUGCAUUUUAAGGAAGAUACUUGGAAAAUUCUACUCAUGGACUCCUGGCUUUGGUGCCGCUUUGCCAGCAUCUUAUGUGGCCAUUCUCAUUGAAAGAAAAAGCAGGAGAGGGCUGCUCACAAUUUAUAUGGCCAACUUGGCCACAGAAACACUAUUCAGAAUGGGUGUAGCAAGAGGAGCCAUCACAACAUUAAGAAAUGGAGAAGUCCUUCUGUUUUGCAUCACAGCUGCCAUGUACAUGUUCUUUUUCAGGUGCAAAGAUGGUUUGAAAGGAUUUACAUUUUCUGCACUUAGGUUCAUUGUAGGGAAGGAAGAAAUUCCCACACACUCUUUUUCACCAGAGGCAGCAUAUGCAAAAGUGGAACAAAAGAGAGAGCAACACAAGGAAAAACCCAGAAGAAUGAAUAUGAUUGGUCUAGUCAGGAAAUUUGUGGAUUCAAUAUGCAAACAUGGACCAAGGCAUAGAUGUUGCAAACAUUAUGAAGAUAAUUGCUUCUCUUAUUGCAUUAAAGGUUUCAUCAGAAUGUUUAGCGUGGGGUACUUGAUCCAGUGCUGCCUCCGAAUCCCCUCUGCAUUUAGGCAUCUAUUUACACAGCCAUCUUGGCUACUUUCUCUCUUCUACAAUAAAGAAAACUUCCAGCUUGGAGCUUUUCUUGGCUCUUUUGUUAGUAUAUACAAGGGUACUAGUUGCUUCCUGCGCUGGAUCAGAAACUUAGAUGAUGAACUACAUGCUAUUAUAGCUGGAUUUUUGGCAGGUAUAUCAAUGAUGUUUUAUAAAAGCACAACAAUUUCCAUGUAUUUAGCAUCCAAAUUGGUAGAGACAAUGUAUUUCAAAGGCAUUGAAGCAGGGAAGGUUCCAUAUUUUCCUCAUGCAGAUACUAUCAUCUAUUCCAUCUCUACAGCAAUUUGCUUCCAGGCAGCUGUCAUGGAAGUUCAGACUUUGAGACCAUCUUACUGGAAGUUCCUUUUAAGACUCACCAAGGGCAAAUUUGCUGUCAUGAACCGAAAAGUCCUUGAUGUUUUUGGUACUGGUGCAUCUAAACACUUUCAGGAUUUCAUCCCCAGGUUGGAUCCAAGAUACACAACUGUAACACCAGAGUUGCCCACAGAGUUUUCUUGAAGAUGACUGUAAUUUAUUAAUGUGACUAAAUGUUUCAUCUUGAAGAGUUAAUUAUGUUGAACACAAAGGAGGGGCCCAAGCUCGAACUUCAGUGUUAUUUCAGUUAGAGAUACUCUUUUCAUUUGUGUUGUUUUUCUUAUGAAUCAGAAAUUCAGAAGCUUUUUAGGAAGGUGUUGCUUAAUAAUUAAGCUUCCUCCAUAGCCAGAAUAAGAUUCUGGAUCACUGUAGUGAUUGACAUUAUUAUAUAUUAUUGAUCAAAUUAUGUCCAUAAGCAAUAUUAUAUAAUCUAUGUAGAAGUGUAAUAGCAAACAAGAGUACACUUAAAAUUACUUUAAAAGAUGUCUUUAGUUCAUUCCAAUAUAAUUCUUGAUUAAAAUUAGGAUUAUUUCUAUGUUUUAGGAUUUACAAAGGAUCACGGGUACAUGGAUUUGGUCUGAAUUUUUUUUUUAAGUUUGGAAUUGGUAUCUGUAGUAGUGGAAUGUUAUAGAUUUGAAGUAACUCUCCACGGACAGUGCUGCUUUCAUGUAGAGCAAUUUAAUUGGAGAAGUGGCCAUUCUUACUUCAGGGAUGCAAAGAUGGGUCUCAUACCAUUUGGAUAAAUGUCGUGGUAUCCAUGCUUUUCUUUCAACUAAUAACAUCAUCUCUCUUCAUGACCAGUUAGUUGGGAUAUUUGGCAGCCUAGCAAACCUAUGUACUAAUGGCAGGUUAGGGGUAAAUGGAAAUGGAUACAUCCAACAGAGUUGAAAUAUAUGUUUUAAUCUUUCACAGAAGUAUUACACUUGAAUAUUUAAAAACAAAA